AUGGCGUUUUCCAAAGCACUCCAAGUCCCUCGCGGCACGCAUGAGACUUCACCAACUCGACGGGUGGCUUUCCUCCAACACCUCAUCAACGAGCGAUCGCCCAAAACAAGCAAUAGCACGACCAAAGGGACUCUUCAAGAUCACCACCCACGAAGAAUCGCGCGCGCCAAGAGCGUCCGGUCGAAAUGGCGUUUGGCGCGUUGCAUGUGCAUGAUGAGAAAAGCCUCGGGCAUAUCGGGAUACCGGUGGGUGCGCGCGCUUAGGUACUUGCCGGCGUUUGACUGGCCAACCGAAAGCCGAGCCAUUCUUGGUUCAAACAAAAAGGAGAAGUAUCUCAAGGCGUAUACCGCGGGACCGGUCAAAUGUUAA